CCAAGCGCUGUUUCAUCGGCGCUUUGCCACUUGUACCCGAGUUGUUGAUCCUCAACAUGUCCGAGACUGCUCCUGUCGCUCCCGCUGCCGCGCCUCCGGCGGAGAAAGUCCCCGUAAAGAAGAAGACAGCCAAGAAAUCUGGGGGGCCGCCUCGUAAGGCAUCUGGUCCUCCGGUGUCAGAGCUCAUCACCAAGGCGGUGGCAGCCUCUAAAGAGCGCAGCGGGGUUUCUCUGGCUGCUUUGAAAAAAGCGUUGGCUGCCGCGGGCUAUGAUGUGGAGAAAAACAACAGCCGAAUCAAACUUGGUCUCAAGAGCCUGGUGAGCAAGGGCACUCUGGUGCAGACGAAGGGCACCGGUGCUUCUGGUUCCUUCAAACUCAACAAGAAGGCAACCUCCGGCGAAGCCAAGCCCAAGGUUAAGAAAGUGGGCGCAGCCAAGCCUAAGAAGCCGGUUGGGGCAGCUAAGAAGCCUAGGAAGGCGACUGGCGGCGCUACUCCGAAGAAGAGCGCUAAGAAAACACCGAAGAAGGCGAAGAAGCCGGCCGCGGCCACUGUGACCAAGAAAGUGGCCAAGAGCCCAAAGAAGGCCAAGGUUGCGAAGCCCAAGAAAGCUGCCAAAAGUGCUGCUAAGUCCGUGAAGCCCAAGGCCGCCAAGCCCAAGGUUGUCAAGCCUAAGAAGGCGGCACCCAAGAAGAAAUAGGUGGACGCCUGCUUCAAAAAACCCAAAAGGCUCUUUUCAGAGCCACCACUGAUCUCAAUAAAAGAGCUGGAUACUUGUUUUUCCUAGUUGCCCUUCUUCCUUUUCUUGCUCGACCCUGCUCCUUAAGGUUAGUCGAAAGGAUAAGUAAUGGGGGUUGGAGAGUGGCCGUGGUAAGGUUAUGGCACUUAAACCUUUGCUGCGACUUCCAUGUCCCUGACUGCUGCUUCGAGGCGUUUACCGCUGGCGGAUGUUUUUGGGAUGGCAGUCAGCCACGCCCCAGGCCUGUGAAAGGCAGAAAAGAUCGCAAAACAAGAGCCAGGUUCUUCGUCUAAAGGGAUAUCCGGAUUGGACUAAAAAAUAAUUCAAAAGUCCCGCCCUACUCCUCGGUUGGUCCGUCGUUCUAGUCCAUGACUUUCAUUCUAUAUUUAAUUGGAUAGUGGCAGACGUUGCUUAUUCCGUGUGUGUUGCUUCACUGUGACUUAAAAGUUUUGCCUCUUGAUAUUAACGUCCGGGAUUUCGGACGCUUUCUAUGUUGUCGGUAGUCAAGUUGAUAUCUCCUGGAGGUAGUGGCAACAUCCAGCCCUGGGAGGAGAGUGCGUGCAGGUACCUUUGUCCUACAUUCCUCUGCUGUUAAUUUCUCAUUCCUGUGGCAACAAAGGAAUGCAUUUGAAAAAACAGCUACAACAGCGGCAAUAGCCCUUCCUCCACCCAAGGCAAUCGUGGACCUAGGGAGUUUUUUGUUUCUCAUAUCAUGCAUGUAGCGUUCCGCUAAACUGACAGAUCUGAGCGUAUCGAUUUUGAGCGUAUCGAAAGCACAACUUUUAGCCAGCCAUUUUGUCCUCGCAUGACGGUUACUUAUCCUCAGUUUAGGCAGACAUCAACAUUUAAAAAUCGAAGUUCUUUUAAACGUAUUUUGUUUGGCAGUCCAAAUGUUUCUACGCGGAGAACGAUUUGUACUAUUAACUAAAGUGUAUGGAUAAAUGAGAGACAUUUCUAAUAAAGGCUUUCGUUAAUGGUUCCCUCUA